GACGAGUGGGGGCCUUCCAUCCACAAGCGAGCCCACACAACCAGAGAUUUUGCGAUUUUCCCCCAUUCCGAAGUGUUCGAGCUUUUCCGCAAAACACCACAACUCGAACAUCUCGCGCACGAUUCCCGUCCUCCUCGGCCUCACCCACACUUGCGACCCCAGCCCAACGCCGCAAAGAUGGCCACCGAACUCACUGUCCAGUCGGAGCGUGCCUUCCAGAAGCAGCCGCACAUCUUCCAGAAUGCGAAGAUCAAGACCAAGUCCAGCAAGCCCGGCAAGGGCGGCCGUCGGUGGUAUAAGGAUGUCGGUCUAGGAUUCAGGACUCCUAAGACCGCGAUUGAGGGCAGCUACAUCGACAAGAAGUGCCCCUUCACGGGCCUGGUGUCCAUCCGUGGACGUAUCCUGACCGGCACCGUCGUAUCGACUAAGAUGCACCGAACCGUCAUCAUCCGACGCGAAUACCUCAAGUUCAUCCCCAAAUACGCCCGGUACGAGAAGCGACACAAGAAUCUGGCCGCGCACGUCUCGCCGGCAUUCCGUGUUGAGGAAGGCGAUCAGGUUACCGUCGGCCAGUGUAGGCCUCUAAGCAAGACCAUCCGAUUCAAUGUGCUCCGUGUGCUCCCCCGAACGGGCAAGUCGGUGAAGAAGUUUAGCAAAUUCUAAGUCGGGGGACCUUUCCUAGGCAUCAAUGGCGUUGUCACUUCAUGGUUCUUCAUGACUUGAGAUUCGGGACGGGUGAUUCAUAGGCUUCUACCGGGGCACAAAGGUGCGGCAUCGGCAGCUCUGAGAAAUAAAUACAGGUUUUUAAAAAGCGCCAAUUGCUUGUCCCCCGGCGUAUUACGAUAAUUUCAGCCUCCCUUGCGCUCUGUGCGCGGGCGUUGGGCCGUGACAACGCAAAUUUAUAAGCGCACAUUUGCCCUCGGGCAUCAUGCUUCUUUUAUAUAGUGAGAUACCACAAUAUGAGAGAAGUAUUUUCGUGCCUUUCUUGGGUGAGGUAGUGUCAUUGAGAUAUACGCGGUUUUAUAUACGCACCUCUACUUCCUACCACGAGGACUGGACCAGUAUCUCGGCUGCAGCCGCCUAGGUAACUGCUGAUAAAGAGCGGUGAUUUAUCCUCUGAUCAAUUGAAUGGGUAGUAAAUAUACCGAGGCGUGAGCAGUUGAUUCCCUAUAAUAUGAAACCUCCGGUGAGAUACCUACAUAGCCUUCGAAAUUCCG